UCCAUGAAUAGUAGACUCCCCACCCUCUCCCCAUAAACAGAACCAGUUUUCCCCUGUAUAGUAUGCGUUUCUCGAAAUACCUCUACGCACUAGCUUAAUCUCUCACUUUCUAAUCCGAAAUUUUUGUGUAUCAAGCUUUUGUUAAGUUCAUAAUCUACUGAAUUCGAAAGAAUUCAUACAAAAAUGUCUUUGAAUUUUCUAUCUCCAUUGCAAUCCAAAGUAAUCGCUUUCUCCGACACCUCCAUAUCCCAAACCCACCUUCUCAAGCUCCAAGGCGGGUUUUCGUUUAAGAGAAAAGAUGUUAAGGUAGUAAUUGGAAAGGGGGUUCGAUGUUCAGCGCAGCCUUCGCCACCACCGGCGUGGCCAGGGACGGCUCUUGUGGACCCUGGGACUAAGAAUUGGAACGGCCCUAAACCUAUCUCAAUUGUGGGAUCUACUGGUUCGAUUGGUACUCAGACACUUGAUAUUGUUGCUGAAAACCCCGAUAAAUUUAGAGUUGUGGCACUUGCUGCCGGCUCAAACGUGACGCUUCUCGCUGAACAGGUGAAGACAUUCAAACCUCAAUUAGUUUCAAUUAGAAACGAAUCUUUGGUUGAAGAACUCAAAGAAGCUUUAGCUGAUGCUGAUUACAUGCCCGAAAUUAUUCCCGGAGAGCAAGGUGUAAUUGAGGUUGCCCGUCAUCCUGAUUGUGUGACCGUAGUCACCGGCAUAGUUGGUUGUGCUGGUUUAACGCCCACAGUUGCUGCCAUUGAAGCAGGAAAAAACAUAGCUUUAGCUAAUAAAGAAACCCUAAUUGCCGGAGGCCCAUUUGUCCUUCCUCUUGCACAUAAACAUAACGUAAAGAUUCUUCCUGCAGAUUCAGAACAUUCUGCUAUCUUUCAGUGUAUUCAAGGCUUCCCUGAAGGUGCUCUAAGGCGUAUAAUCUUAACUGCAUCUGGAGGUGCUUUUAGGGAUUGGCCAGUUGAAAAACUAAAAGAUGUAAAAGUAGCCGAUGCGUUAAAGCAUCCUAACUGGAGCAUGGGGAAAAAAAUCACCGUGGAUUCAGCUACACUUUUCAACAAGGGUCUCGAAGUUAUUGAAGCUCACUAUCUAUACGGCUCAGACUAUGAUAAUAUCGAAAUUGUUAUUCACCCUCAAUCUAUCAUUCACUCAAUGGUCGAGACACAGGACUCGUCGGUUCUAGCACAAUUAGGUUGGCCCGACAUGCGUAUACCGAUUCUUUACACAUUAUCUUGGCCCGAUAGAAUACCCUGCUCUGAAGUCACAUGGCCCCGCCUUGAUCUUUGCAAGUUGGGAUCACUUACAUUCAAAGCUCCGGAUAAUGUCAAAUACCCGUCGAUGGAUUUGGCUUAUUCGGCCGGGCGAGCUGGUGGCACGAUGACCGGAGUCCUUAGCGCCGCUAACGAGAAAGCCGUUGAGAUGUUCAUCGAUGAAAAGAUUAGUUACUUGGAUAUAUUUAAGGUUGUGGAGCUAACAUGUGAGAAGCAUCAAGAGGAAUUGGUGACGGCGCCUUCCUUAGAGGAAAUCAUACAUUAUGAUCUGUGGGCCCGGGAAUAUGCUGCCAGUGUGAAACCGACGUCGACAUCGCCGACUCCUGUGGGUGUUGUAUGAGUAAAUAGAUUUGAUGUUGCAAUGUUUACAUGGGAUAUGAAUGGAAUCCCUUGUAAUGUUUUAAUGGGGAAGGGUGUAAUAAAUUUAAAAUUAUAAAAAGGCCAACACUUUUUUAAUA